AGAAGGGAACGCGUACCACUGUGACGCGUAUCUAAUGUAGUUUGUAUACUCUAAGUGUAUAUUUGUUAUUGUGAUUGUCAGUGGAAUGGACCAUCCCCGAAUUAGAUCAACUAGCAGCACAAAAAAGGUGAACAGUGACUAUGGCAAAAUGUAUGUGGACACCCCUAGGAGUACUGACGAUGAACAGCAGAGAAGAAAGAAACAAAAAAAAUGUACAUCACCCGGCAAGAACCAGAAGAAGUCAAAGAAAAAACAUAGUGAUGAAAAGUCACGAAAUAAACAUAGGAAAUCAAAACAUAAAAGCAGGAAGGCAUCAUCAUCAUCAUCAUCAUCAACAGAAUCAUCAUCUGAAGAAAACUCAACUGAGUCAUCAGAUUCUGAUUCUUCCUCACGUUCUGUUAAACUCCUACAGAAACUGAAGGAGGAGAGAUUACGGCAAGCAGAAGAAAGGAGAAGACAGAAAGAAUUGAUUAAAGCAACUGAAACUCCAGAGGAAAAGCGCUUGCGGCGCCUGUUGAAGAAGGAAGCGAAAGAGCGCAAACGGAAGGAAAGAAUGGGUUGGGAUAAUGAUUAUCUUCAUUAUACAAACACAGACAAUCCUUUUGGUGAUGCGAACUUGUUAGCAACAUUUGUUUGGUCAAAAAAAUUGGAUAAGGAUGGACUGACGGGACUGAGCAGAGAAGAGUUAGAAAUUCGUAAUCGACAGAAGCAAGAGGAAAACAGAAGAGAACUAGAAAAGGUAAAAAAACGCCGUUUGGAACGGGAACUUGAACGCCAACAACGUGAGGAAGAAAUGUCAAUGAUGCAGCGGUCAAAGGAAGCUGCCCAGUUUCAGGAAUGGGAAAGACAAGAAGACCAAUUUCACCUCGAACAAGCACGUCUGCGUUCACGUAUUCGCAUCCAAGAUGGCCGGGCAAAGCCUAUUGACCUUUUGGCAAAAUAUAUCAGUGCUGAAGAGGAAGUGGAUGCCGUUGAAAUGCAUGAACCAUACACGUAUUUAAAUGGCCUGACCAUAAAGGAUCUUGAAGAUCUCAUUGAAGAUAUAAAGGUCUACAAAGAAUUGGAAAGAGGAAAGAAUCUAGAUUAUUGGAACGAUAUUACUGUGAUUGUAGAAGAUGAGCUUCACAAACUGAGGAAACUGGAAAAGCAAAGUGCAUAUGAAGCAGCUGUCGGAAGACGAGAAGGCAUACACCAAUCUGUGGCUAAAGAUGUUGCUGCUGUCUUCAAAGGCAAAACAGCCGCGCAACUGGAAGCGCUUCAGCAGCAGAUUGAGAGUAAAAUAAGUGGAAAGCCUGAAGGAGUUGAUAUAGGUUAUUGGGAGUCACUAUUAUCACAACUGAAAGCACAUAUGGCAAGAGCAAGGUUACGUGACAGACAUCAGGAGAAUCUGCGACGCAAACUCGAAGUACUAAAAGCUGAACAAGGUGUUGCCGCAGGUGCAUCUACAGAAGAUGAUACACAGGGAUCAGUGACGAUCAAGGAGGAACCUGGGACAGAUGGCCACAGCCACAGUGAUGUCAACAGUGCACAAGACUCUCAAGCCAGUGAUGAGGAAGUAGAUGAUGGAGCAAAGGAAGCUUCAGAACAAGCAGCUUGUGCAAUGCUUUCGGAGAGUUUUGCUGAUUACGAAUCAGGAGGGUACAGUCCGCAGUAUCUGAGCCAGUCCCAGCUCGACCCUGGAACACUUGUAACAACUGAGGAAGAUGACUUGCAACGAUUAAUGUUUGCAAGAAUGCAAGUACAAGGCACAGGAAGUAGAAUAGAGAAUGUUAUAACUGCGGAGGAGCAGGCAUUGCAGCGGGAAGCAAGGAAAGGAAUGACAGCAGAUGAAGCUGAGUUCUCUGUGGAAAGUGCGUUGGACAGUCAGGUCUACUUGUGGUCUGACAAGUAUCGACCAAGAAAACCCAGAUACUUCAACAGGGUUCACACUGGAUUUGAGUGGAAUAAAUACAAUCAGACACAUUAUGAUAUGGAUAAUCCUCCUCCAAAGAUAGUUCAAGGAUACAAAUUCAACAUUUUCUAUCCAGAUCUGAUAGACAAAAGUACAACACCUGAAUAUUUUUUGACACCUUGCAGUGACAACAGAGAUUUUGCAAUUUUACGAUUUCAUGCUGGUCCACCAUAUGAAGAUAUUGCAUUUAAAAUUGUCAAUCGUGAAUGGGAAUAUUCCUACAAGCGAUAGCAUCACACUGUAUAUAACAACUGUCUUUGUACAAUGACUGUCAUUGAUAUUUUGCUGAAAUUAUUUUGUUACCAGGAUAUAGUAUCGUGCCUUUGUAUUAGUUGUUAACACAAAAUUUCUAAAUUAGUCCUACAAGUUGCUACAUGUGACUGUAUUGUGUGUGUGUGUGUGUGUGUGUGUGUGUGUGUGUGUGUGUGUGUGUGACACCUUUUACAUUCCUAUGUGGAUAUUCUGUUGCCAUACGAGACAUUGGAAGAUAUUACCUUUCUUUUGUGACAUGUCAUUCUUAAUUUUCGGUAAGAUGUUUGUCGUGUUGUGGAGAUAAAACUCAUUCACAUUAUUUACCAUGUAGUCUCACAGCAGUACAUUAGCCGUAUUACUAAUGUCUCCAGGCAAACUGGAGAAUAUAAACUGUACAUUGAGCUGUUGUUGUGGCUAGACACGUUAUUUAAGACAAUGGGCAUUUUAUCUAGCCAUUUAGUAAAUCAUAUUUAUAAUUUCUGUAAAAAGAAUUGUUGUGUGAUACAAAAUGAGUGUAACUGUGACAAUGUGAAUGAAGCAGAUGUCUGAUAAGUAGUGCACUUUGUGAGAAUUGCCUUCUAAGAAAAGGAAUAAGGAAAAAUAGUUAAAACCAUUGUUUCUGAAGAGGCAGUGCUGCAGCUAAACAAUUUUUGUGGAAAUAUUUCUGUAACUUUUGUGGCUUUCUUUCUGUUAUCAUGCCGUAAAUGAAAAAACAGAGUAAUUCCUAUCCAUUUCAUUCUAUAUUAUACUUCUUACUGCUGAUACAGAAACAUGUAAGUGAUUCUUGAAGAUUUUUGUGAAUAUUCUGUAAUUUAAAAACGCUUCCAGAUGUCGUGCAUUAUGGCAGCAAAAUAAAAGGGUAAUAUAAUAAUAAUAGUAAUAAUAAUAAUAAUAGUGACUUGUAGAAAAUUCAAAUGUAAUCAGUAAUGAAGGAAAAUGUGAAAAUGUAGCAUCUGUUUAAUACAAA